UGCUUGUGCUAUGACUCUGUGUGGGUCUUCUGACCUCAGAGGAAUCCCUGCAAUUCCCUGAACUCUGGAAAUAGCAAGAUGAGGCACAUAGUUCUUUCCCUGUCCUUGGUGACUGGUACCCCUGGGUCCCAAGAAUCUGCAAUGCCUCAUCUCCCAAGCAGCUAAUCAGAGGAGACUGAGAAGAUGAGAAAGGCUAUACGUGGAACCAACCAGGAAAGAGCCGGUUUGCCCAAGAUGAUGCCUCUGAAGCUAGGAACCUUGAGUCUGUUGAUUUACUUACAAAGCCUUGGGAAACUGGAAGGGAGGCAAAGCCACCCAGAGUCUAAAAUCCUCUGAGAUAAUUUCUGUCAUCGCCUUGGAAGCCACACUGCUCUGGCUGCUCUCCAGCGCUGGGGGGGGUCACAGAGUCCAGGCAGUGCUGUGAGCAGAGACAGAGGCUGCAAUUCGGCGGCGCCACCCGGACACUUUGCGCUCCAGUGGGCUUUGCGCUCUGAAGAUGUGUCCCCGCACCAUCUUCCCAGGCGCUGUGCGGGAGGUCUGAAACAGCCCAGCUGGUGACUCGAAAGGGAGUUUCUAGAAGCUCCAUCUCUGCUGCCUCCCCUCCCCUUCAGAUUUGGAAUUUUACCCUCUCCAGGCAGCUGCUCCAGCUAUACAGCAUCUGCCCGCCCUCCGAGGGGACGAGGUGCCACCGACGACGCUUGCCUCUGGUCGGUCCGAGGGCUUGACCACAGUGCCGCGGUAUCGCGGAUGCUCUCGAGCCGGGGCUGGGGACUCCCCGCCCUUGCGCGCGACCCCGCGGCCGGGCAGGCGGCGCUUGCGGCGGGCAGGGGGCGGGCAGGGCAGAUGGGACUCGUCCGGGGGUAGCCUCCUCCUCUGCAUCCUGCCCGCGCAUCCCGGAGCCCAGUCGCAUCCUCCGCCUCUGCCUCGGCGGCUGCCAGCCUCCGCCUCGCGCCACCUCGGCCUGCCGCCGCCCCCGCCGCCGCGCCCCCGGUGGCUGUGCCUCGGCGGAGCCCGGAGGGGGCCUGUGGCGCGUUGGCCGCCCGCUCGGCUCGGCUUGGCCAGGAGGCGUGCAUGCCCCUGCUGCCCGCGGCGCUCAUCAGCAGCAUGCUCUAUUUCCAGAUGGUGAUCAUGGCAGGGACGGUGAUGCUGGCUUACUACUUCGAAUACACAGACACGUUCACUGUGAACGUGCAGGGAUUCUUCUGCCACGACAGCGCCUACCGUAAGCCCUACCCGGGCCCAGAGGACAGCAGCGCGGUGCCCCCGGUGCUCCUCUACUCGCUGGCCGCUGGCGUCCCGGUGCUUGUGAUAAUAGUUGGAGAAACUGCAGUGUUUUGCCUGCAAUUAGCCACAAGAGAUUUUGAAAACCAGGAAAAAACUAUUUUAACCGGAGAUUGUUGCUAUAUAAACCCACUGGUACGCCGAACCGUCCGAUUUCUUGGAAUUUAUGCAUUUGGACUGUUUGCUACAGAUAUCUUUGUAAAUGCUGGGCAAGUGGUUACAGGAAACCUAGCUCCACACUUUCUGGCUUUGUGUAAGCCAAACUACACAGCGCUUGGAUGUCAGCAGUACACACAGUUUAUCAGUGGGGAGGAAGCAUGCACAGGCAACCCAGACCUCAUCAUGCGAGCAAGGAAAACAUUCCCAUCCAAAGAAGCUGCCCUGAGUGUCUAUGCUGCCAUGUAUCUCACGAUGUACAUUACCAGCACUAUCAAAGCCAAAGGAACCAGACUUGCUAAGCCUGUCCUGUGCUUGGGAUUAAUGUGUUUGGCCUUUCUUACUGGACUCAACAGAGUAGCAGAAUAUCGAAAUCAUUGGUCAGAUGUGAUAGCAGGCUUCCUAGUCGGAAUAUCUAUAGCAGUAUUUCUGGUUGUAUGCGUGGUAAAUAAUUUUAAAGGAAGACAACCAGAAAAUGGGCAUAUACACAGGGACAAUGUGGCCCGGAUGCCGAUGACCAACAUUCCUCGAGUAGAAAGCCCUUUGGAAAAGGUAACAUCUCUGCAGAACCACAUCACUGCCUUUGCGGAAGUCACAUGAUAUUGAAGCAGAUGGUUUUUCCCUGCACUGGACAUCAUCCCUAUUCACCAUACAUUCAUAACAAAGUUUAUUUGAUUAUACAGGAAAUUUAUAAAGAUGUAGGAGACUUUUUAUAAUUUUAAAACUUGACAGCACCCUCUCUGCCCCUCCCUCCCACUAGACUGUGAGCUCCUCAAGAGCAGGACCAUGGCUAUCUCUUCUGCAUCCCCGCCACCCACCCACGACAAAGCCCAGCACAAAGUGUGGGUGUUCAGUGAAAACACGAGGAUAAAACGAACAAGUCAAUUCUUCAAUAAAAUGGUUGCUUUAGUUUCUCAAAAGAAUCUCUGUGACUAUGUGGAAAGAAACCCCCCACAUGGGUUAUAUUUGUAUAAAAGAAACCCUCUAUUUUGGGCUAGUUAAGUCUUUUUAAUUUUUCAUAUAUCUAUUCAGCAGUAUAGCAUAUUUAAUUUGAAGUGAAUUUUGAAAGUUCUGGGGGUUUUUUAUUAUGCAGCAUGACAUUAUUUCCAUUUUAACAGAUUUCAGUGUGUGGAAUCACUUUACUUUUAGAAAGUAUGUCCUAUACUAAAUUGUUUGCUCUUUAUAUUAUGCUAUAUUUCACUUAAAACACCAUUCAUACUACAUAUUCUAAGACUGGUGCUUCUGCUUUUAAAGGGGAAAAUGCCAAUUUUUACUGUCACUGAGUAAUGUAUCAUAAUUAAAAUUAUUUAUUUGGACUUUUUCUUUGACAGUUGUGGUUUAAUGGUUGUGCUGCAAUUUUUUUUUAAUGCAGGCAAUAUUUAGAAUACACUAAGGUAAAUCCAGCCAUGAUACCUUGUUAUUGAGUAACUUUCCAUCAUUAACAGUGUCUCAAAAAUGGCUAUGGUCCAUUAUUAAAUUUUCUAAUUGGUCCAGAACUCAAAUAAUUUAAAUGAGAAAGAACCACACCUUAAAAUACUAUCAUGAAGAUACUAGAAAUAUGAUUAAUGUAUUUUUGUAAUUGUCUAAUACUUUAAUUAAAAUGUAUUAUAGUUAUCAUUUAAUCCUCAUGGCAAUCCUGUAUAAAUAUUGAAAGAUGACUUUAUUUACAUAUGAUAAAAAUAAAGCCAAGACGGAUAACAUGCCCAGUCCAUACCACUAGUCAAGGGAAGAGUUAAAUCUAAAUUCAGAUUUACCCUGAAACUCUUAUUUUUCUCAAAUAUGCCACAGUUGCCUCAACAUUCAUGACACUGAGGCCAUUAAGAGGCCAUUAGGGUUCUGAGAAACUACCUAUGUUUAAGAAAAAAAUGAAGAAAUGCUAAAGUUAGGAACAGAAGGUCUGCAGUAUUUUAAAAGCUUACUUACAUGGAGGAACAUAAAACAUCUCUUUCAAACGCAGAGCUAUUUAGGAUUCUAUUUAUAAUCCUAUUUUAAAAUAAUGACAUUCUAGUGUCUGAAUGUGAGGCUUUUGGUAGAAGAGAGGUCCAAAUGAAGAUUCUCAUCUCUGCACCCCAGUUACCACUCAGGAAAGGGGCUGAGGGACAGGCUAUACAGUGACCAUGCAAGUUAAGGAUGAAAACAGUCUCCACAGAAGAAGGAGGAUGAAGUCAUGAGUCACUCUGCAAUCUCUAAAGCUAACCCAAGAUACUUUGACUUAAAUGUGCAGAAAAUGAUUUUUUUAAUCUUUCUUGUCUAAACAUUUAAUUUGCUCUCUUAAUUUCCACAGAAAUCAGCAAAUAAUUAAAAACCAAAGGCUUCUCUGUUACUUCCAAAUGGAUUUCAGUUGCCCAAUUUCAAUCCUGCAGAGGUCAAAAUAUAUCAACUAAAAGCCAAAUUU